AUGUUGAAACUUUUGUCUCUCGUCAGUUUCCUGUUUUAUGGAUCCUAUGGACUCUUACUUGGUGACAAGGAACAACAUCAUAUGAUUGGCAAUGCCUCUGGAAUUGAUGUUCUAGGUCGUAUUGAAAUGCUUGAAAAACAAUUGGCGGAAGAAAAGCGAGAUCGUUUCAUUUUAGAACAGACCGUAAGGGAUAUUAACACCAAAUUUCAUGGCACUCUACUGAGCAUUAAUCAGAUUGAAUUGCAGCAAAGAGAAUUUCAAAAUAAUGUUUCAAGAGACAAUUUCGAAAGCCUGCAAAACGUCAACCAAACCAUCAACAACAUUACUGCCUUAUUGCAAAGAACGAUGUCGGACUUCUCCAGCCUUUCCUCUAAGUACAACCAAGAGGUACACGCUCUAAACAGCAAUAUUUCCAAGAUGUCAGGAUCAGUACAAGACUUGCAAAGACAGGUAUCUUUCUUCGCAAAAUUAUCUAGCAGUGUCCGAAUUUCAGCAGCUCACCAAACCGUCGUGUAUGAUACGGUUAUUACAAAUAACGAUAAUGGAUACAACCCAAAGAAUGGAAUCUUCACUUGUCCUCAGUCUGGAACUUAUGUGUUUUUGUGGAACACUCUGAUUAUGUAUAGAACAUAUAUCAGACUGGAGAUCGUAGUGUCCGGAACAGCUUUAUAUGGUUUUUUGGAGGAUACAGAAGAUGCGAAUGACUAUGACACUGCAACUGCUUCUAUAAUUGUUAAAGUUGAUGUUGGCGAUACGGUGUUCAUUCGUUCUCGAGGCAGCGGUCCUGGACCUAUGGUCACCGAAUCCAGUGUCAUAACCUCCUCAUUUUCUGGAUACCGAAUUUAAAGAAUGAUAACUCUGAUAGCUAAAAUUAAGUCUUUAACGAUUAAUUGUCUGUAUUUUCAUUGAUGUCAUGCGAUAUUGCAUCGGAUAUCUAUUACGUUGAGUUAUGGUGUGCUUCUAAACUCCUUCUUUAUUCGUUACAAUAGUAUACCUAGUCAAAUUAAAAUUGAUGGACUCAAAUAUUAAUCAUAUGUGGUGAUGGUGGCCUUAAUUAAAUGAAUAUGUCAUAAACAUUUCUUGGAUAUCGAAUCAAAUAUAGAUGUUGACAAUGAUCGUUGAGGCAUCGUGUGUUUCUUUACUUCUUCUGUAUAUUCGAUAGUAUCCCUUGUCAAAUUAAAAUUGUUAGACAUAUGUGGCG